GUUAAGAGAGGAUGUUCCUGUUCUCUUCCUCACCUUAAAAGGCCUGCACUUGUGGCCAAAAUACUUGGAAAAUCCAAACACUAGUCUCUUAAAACAAUGCCAACUUCCUGUUUGUUGCUUCCCUUUUUCCUCUAUCUAUUAACCUCUCUCUGCAUCACAAAUGGAUCACAACUAAUUCUAGUAAACAACUGCCUGGAAAGUGUAUGGCCAGGAAUACUUGGCAGUGCAGGCAAAACUACACCAAAAGAUGGAGGAUUCCAUCUAGGCAGUGGAGAAGAAGUAGUCCUCGACGUGCCUGAGAAAUGGUCCGGCAGGAUAUGGGGUAGGCAGGGCUGUAAUUUCGACAACAAUGGGAAAGGCCAAUGCGACACUGGAGAUUGUUCAGGCCAAUUAUAUUGCAAAGGCAUGGGAGGUGCUCCCCCAGCAACCAUGGUUGAAAUGACACUAGGAACUUCAACUUCACCACUUCAUUUCUAUGAUGUGAGCUUGGUUGAUGGUUUCAAUUUGCCUGUUUCGAUGAAACCUGUCGGAGGAGGAAUCGGGUGCGGUGUUGCUUCAUGUGAGGUUGAUUUGAAUGUUUGUUGCCCAUCAGCAUUGGAAGUGAGGACAGGAGGGAAAGUUGUGGGAUGCAAAAGUGCUUGUUUGGCUAUGCAGUCGGCUAAGUAUUGCUGCACAGGAAAUUAUUCAAACCCAAACACUUGCAAACCAACGCUUUUUGCACAUCUUUUCAAAGCCAUUUGUCCCAAGGCUUAUAGCUAUGCUUUUGAUGACUCUUCCAGUCUUAACAAAUGCAGAGCUUCACGUUAUGUUAUCACUUUUUGCCCUCCCAGAUGAGCUUCACAACUGGGGGCAAUUAAUGGUUUUCUUCAUGGUUCUUCACAAUUCGCAUAUGAAGAAGGAUGCCUUUAGUUUGUACUACCAUAGUCUAUAUUUUGCUUUUGGUUACUUAAAAAUAUUUUUCUUUAGUUUGAAUACAUAGGAUUUGAUGAUCUACUUUGUGGCCCUUCUCAUAAAGCAUAUAUUUAUAUAUAGAGAAUAUGCCAAAGAAGUGGGGUGGAAAAUAACUAGCUUCUUAAUUAGUACUUGGGAUAUAGAACAAGAAUAUUUUGAACAAAUUAAGAAUCUCCCUUUUGAUGUAAUUAUGUUAUGUUCAAUAUCUAUUGCUUUUAAAAGCUUAUUUAUUCCAAUAGUCAUAUUA